AUGCCAAGAGAACCUCAGCGAUCGCUGCCUGAAGAUCUAUUUGGUCCAGCUUCAGCGCCAGGACAGCCUAGCCAGCGGAAUGCUUACGAAAGCCUUUUUGGCAGUCCGGAAAAGGCGUCAACAACUGCUGAGGAAGCCCCAAAGCUGUCCCGGCAUUCAUCACUUAGCUCCUCACAAGGCCCAACGCCAUCACCGUUUAGCAGGUCACUGCCUCCUCCAGCCCAGCCUCGACAGAACCAACAGUAUGCCCCGUAUCAGCAGCAGCCACAACAACAAGUAUCCUCGCGGGCAUUCGGCCAAGCACCGCCUCCUGCUGCACCGUUCCUGGGAUAUGCAGACAAUGCCCGGUCGCAGUCUUUUCAGAAUCAUGCAGCCCCGGCUUCUACCCCUGGUUCGUUGUUCGCCGAUGCCCGAAAGAUUCCCUCUCCAGCCAAGACGCCGCCCUCUGCAGCGCCAGUGCCUCCUCCGUCUCCCCCACGAAUCACGCUAGAAGCCCCAUCCCCGGACGAUCUUGUGGACGAGUUUCUAAAGAUGCCGAUUGAUAAACGUUUCGCAGGGGCUGAAAAUGCAAGCCCACCUGCAAGCAAGCUACUUCUUGCUGACAUUCCGGACACGAUUGAGGGGUUGGAAGCGUUGUACGCGCAGAAGCGCUGGAAAUCGCUGACCAAAAAGGCACUUUCAAUGCUGCAAAACCCGUCAAAGGAAAUGAGCGUGACGCUGGAAAUCAAGUCGUGGUGGCUUGCCGGGCUGAUUAAGGAGGGUCAUUACGACAAUGCAGCAAGCGUGCUGGAUCAAAUUGGGAACCUAGACGAAUUAUCUACCGCGGUUGGAAAGACCUCAUUCGUGCUGAUCCGUCUACUACUGCUUCAAGCGCUACUAAGCAAGUGCCAAGGGAAGCCGGUGCUUCAUGAGAAGCAAUUGUUCCACCUGAUAAUGCGGCUGCGAACCGCUAUUCAGCAAAACGAGACGGUAGGUCUCCUGGGUGUCGAAUUGAGUGCAGCUGCACGGUGGCUGCGAAUCGCACAGUUUGCUCUUGCAAACCACCUUGUGCAGCAGCAAAAGUUUAUGCUGGCCUUGCGUAUUUGCUCACAGAUUGAGGCCCAACACUUGGUGGAUCAUGAAAAGGUGAUUGUGUUGUCCCGUGUGGGGCGCAUCCGUCUACAGAUGGGCGACCUAGCGACCGCGGAGAAACUGUUUGAGGCUGCUCGAUAUCACACCGGACACUUCAGAGCAGCUGGCGGUAAUGGCGUAUCGGUGAAGGACCUCGAAGAGCUGGAAGCUCGCGUGCUCUUGAAUGAUGGGCUACUGCUAUUUGCGCAAAACAAGCUUCAAGAGGCGCUGAAACGCGCAAGGCAUGACUGCCGAGAGCUCGGAUGCGGACCUUUUCCUGGAGGAGGACGUUGUUUGCUCUGCGGUUAA